AUAUAUACUCUAUUACGUGAAGCGAAUAUAUAUAGGUAUCGAUGUACGGGGUCCGUCAUAUGAAUUUAAUAUAUACAGAACGUAGAAGUAUAUAUAUAUUGAUAUGUCAAACGUAGUAUCAUGUGUUUGGGUGGUUUUACGAAAGCGUCAAGAUUUCGACAACCCCCGUGGUAGUUGGUUCAUCAGCUAUAAAGAGGCCAAAGCCCGUCGCUAUACCUACCCUCAUAUUAUAUACAUAAUAAUAUUAUGCUCCUAUCGUAUUAUAUUUUAUUUUUCGACGUGUGGUAUGUAUACAACGUUCACUAUAAUAUGUUAUUUUUAUUAUUAUUAUUACAAAAAAAACGUAUAAAUACGUACGGUGGGUGUGUGUGUGUGAGUGUGUGUGUUCUGCCGCCGCGCCGUUGCCUCGCGCGCGGUAAAUAAUAAUGACGACCUGUGUUAGUACGAAGCACAGAAUCAAUAAUGGCCGCGCAAUCGCAUUUUACACGCCGCCGUGGUCUGCUGUGUCUCCGCCGCUGCCACCUCCACCUCGGCUACUGUAUACCACCACAACACCACCACCACCAUCGAGUUCCAUCCGUACACCGAUAAACGCGAAACGAAACGUAAACAAUAAACGGUUUAAAUAUCGUGGUCUGUGCCGAAUUUUUUUUUUUCAAUUUUCCCGCGGACCACGGUGACAAUAUAACACGGCAGGACGAAAAGAAUAUAAUACUGUGUCUGCUCUACACAGAUGACAGAUGUCUUCCGUCGGAGGACACCACCACCCCCCUCCCACAGGCGCCUCCACUCGCACCUCCCGAAGAAUAUCCCUCUCUUCGGGGAAUCGGCGACACGACGACGAUAGGGACCAUCGUCAUCAUGCGUGUCGUUGCGUCUCGACGUAUGAACAUGUUGGGGCAGGUUAGAAUCGCGUUGGCGGCGCAAAGCACGAUGCAGCGACCUGUGGCGGAUAGUCUGGACAACGAAGAUGACGUCGACUGCGAUUGGCCGGUGUGCGAAAAUUUGUUGCGAUCGUUGUCCGAAGAUGUGCGGCCAACCACGGUGGUGGAGGUGUCGGUGGACGGUGACGCGGUGGCCUCCAACGUCCGACUGUGUAUGGCCGAACGGGUUGCACCAGCUGCCGAGACGAUGCAGCGGCUGCGGUUGCGGUGGCUACUUCGGCGGUGGUCGGCAAACGGUGGCGGAGCGGUCACGGCGGCGGUGGCCGAGUCCAGACGGAUGCAAGUUCGCCUGAUGACCGUGCCGUCUGCGUACGCGGCGGACGGCGAGUACUAUGCGUCCGAAACAGCGUACGUGUCACGUACGGUGGAAGAAUUGUCGUCGGAACCAUGGGUGACGGAACCACCGGUCAACGGCUACACGUACACCGCAGGCACCGUGCACUACGACAGCGAUACGGGUGCGUGUCAUCUUCACGGUUUCACUGACCGGCGGGCCCGGGUAACCGUCGAUUGCGCCCUUCUGACGGUUGUCCUGCCUCGGCACCGGACCACCGUCAAGAUGUACUCCACGCUCCGAUCGCCGCCUGCUGAAGACGCGGGCCCUCCCGUUCUGGUGCCGCACCACUUCCAAGUGUUCUCGCGUGACGUACUGUUCCGCUAACGCACAUAUCACAUAUAAUCAUCACAGUAUCAACAUACUUAGUUAUAUAGUCAUGUGCCUCGAUCUAGAAAUGUCCGUCUACUAAUAUUAUAUUACAAGUACCUACCUUAUACCUAUUAGAUUUUUUAUAUUAUUUUUUUGCUAUUAUACUUACCUAGGUACUAUGAAAUAUGUUAUACAUUUAUAAGUGCAUUAUGUAUGAACAUAAUAAUUUAUAACUAAUAAUUCACUCAUCACUGUACAGUUCGAUUAAUACACUAUUUAUAUUUAUAAAUAAAAUCUAAAAUUAAAAUCUUUAUAUCUUAUCAUUUAUCAAUGUACAUACCUACCCAUGCUACAGUACCAAAAACGGAUCUAUAACUGCGACUCAUCGGUGAAUAUAACACGAUUACAAGUAUAUAGCCAUCGGCGGAUUUACCUGGAUUCGGAAGAGGGAGAUAUAUACCAGCGAGGUUCACUCGAUUUUCUGGCUCUCUAGGAUUUUGAACUUGUUUCAGUGACUAUUAUUCCAUUUAAAUACUGUUAAACUGGUUUCUACUGUACUUGCAGAGAACAGCUUCUUUCAGUCUAUAUGUAUUAUAUUUGGUCUAGUAUUCUGGGUGUGUGUGUGUGUGUGUGUGUGUGUUUGCACGGGUCAAACAAACGUCUGGUGAUGGUGGUCAGUGGCGUGAGUUGUCGUCAAGUGUAAAAAGAUCUUUACAACACAGACCGUGGACAAAAUAUGAGGAUAAUCAUCCCCCGCGCAGAAAGGCUGCAACGGUAGGAGUGAGUGUGAUUGAGGGUGCAGAUGAGGAAGAGAGAGACGACACCGUCUUUUGUUUUCUCGGAGAAUUCAAAAAAUGUGUUUAGGUCGACUGUUUUCUGCGUAUAUAGCCGUAUAGGUAUAUACAAUAUAUAUGUAUACUCUGCAGUAAGCACGCAUAUACAGGAAAUACUGUAAUAUAAUAUGUAUACAAUAUACAUGUAUUCGUGACGUGAAUUUAUUAUUAUACCGCAGCGAGUACAUAUAGUGUGGUUUGCGCACACGAACCGCGUAAAUGCGAUUAUAAUACAAAGGCAUGGCAACGACGAACGGCGGGUGAAGUGGGGUGGAAAAUUCUCGGUUUGACGAUUUUUUUUUUCGAACCCUGCCGCCAUCGAGAAACUUUGUUGUUGAGUGUACGGAAGUAUCGUUAUUAUUGUCUGGGGACAAACGAAUUUAUUGUGGAUACAUAUUAUAAUAUAAUAAUAUGAUUAAUAUGUGCAUACCUAUAAAUUAGAACAAACGCAAUAGCUAAUAUUAUAUUAUAAUGCUCAUAUA